GACUUUCGCGUGCCGUCGUUUGGCUUCUGCCCAGCACCAAUCAGGCAGAGCCAGAGCCAGAGCCAGAGCUGGUGCCAGUGCCGGUGCCAGCGUCAGCCGGAGUGACGAUGGAGACUGCAGACUGGAGACCCAAGAAUCAGAGACCCCAAGCCAGACAGCCCGUCGCAGACGCUCAACGGGCCGCGAGUAGCAUGGGACAGGGGUCGGGGUCGAGGCCGAGGCAACUGGUGUUUUCGUUAAAUGAGUUUUCCAGUAGCAUUUUCAUAUGGUCGCUGAGUGCAGUCAAAGGCCGUGAAGCAGCUACAGCGGAAGCGAGACCAAACACCACCCACCUGAAUCCAAAACUAAACUUGAGUUAACUUAACUAAACUGAACUCGGGCGCAACACUAAAAUCUAAGCCCAACAACUAAGGCACUUGCUGUUCAAACUUUGGCCAUAACACUCGCAGCAAGACGGCAAAAUGAACGACAGUCGACGCAACACGGCAACGGAAUUCAGCUACAUACUGCAACGGCAGGGCAGCGAUGUGUCCGCUGCUGAAGCAUAUGCAUUCGACGACUUCAACAAUUUAAUGAAGAACGACCAUCAGACACAUCAGCAACAGGGCCAACCACAGCAGCAACAGCAUCAGCAUCAGCAGCAGCAGCAGCAGUCCUCGCAGCAACAACAACAACAACAACUAGGGGAUGGGCUAUCAGGCGACACGUUGUCCUCAUUACCACAAGCAUCGUUCAACUAUAUCAACUCCAUCGUUGGCAGCGGCGUCAUUGGCAUACCCUACGCCCUGCACCGGGCCGGCUUUGGCCUGGGCCUUGCACUGCUCAUCCUGGUGGCCUACAUAACCGACUAUUCGCUCAUACUGAUGGUCAGAUGCGGUCACAUCUGCGGUCGAUUCAGCUACCCGGGCAUCAUGGAGGCGGCCUACGGCAAGUACGGCUACUAUCUGCUAUCGCUGCUGCAGUUCAUGUAUCCUUUUCUGGCCAUGAUAUCGUACAAUGUUGUCGUUGGCGAUACCUUAUCAAAAGUUUUGGUACGUUUCUUUCCAUCCUGGGGCGAUUCGAUGGGCGCGGUGCGUUUGGGCGUCGUCUUUUUUGUCACCGUCGGCGUUGUGGUGCCACUGUGUCUCUAUAAGAACGUCUCCCGGUUGGCGCGCGCCAGUUUUAUUAGCCUGGCGUGUGUCGUCUUCAUAUUGUUUGCCGUCAUCAUAAAACUUAUGUCGGGCGAUUAUAAAGUCACGGAUACGGCCGAGUCGUGGCGCUUCGCUAACACGGAUCUAAUACCCGCCACGGGCAUCAUGGUGUUUGCUUUCAUGUGUCAUCACAACACAUUUCUCGUCUAUCAAUCGAUGCGAGAGGCGACCCUGGAACGCUGGGAGAAGGUCACCCACAUCUCGAUUGGAUUUGCCUGGACUGUGGCAGCGCUCUUCGGCAUUGCGGGCUACUCAACAUUCCGCGCCCUCUCCCAGGGCGAUUUACUCGAGAACUAUUGCUGGGAUGAUGACUUAAUGAAUUUCUCGCGUGUGCUCUUCUCCAUAUCCAUACUGCUGACGUUUCCCAUCGAGUGUUUCGUUUCACGAGAGAUUGUGCGCGCUCUGGUGCAUCGGUUCGUGCUGAAGGAGCCCAUCAGUGAGUUCACCCAGGACAAGGAUCCCAACUUGGAGAAGGGCGCCGAAAUUGAUGAGUAUUCGAAAGCGAUUACCUUGGCCAUUGUGUUCAGCGCAUUCAUAAUAUCGCCCAUGACCGACUGCCUGGGCUCCGUUUUGGAAUUGAAUGGUCUUCUGGCAGCUAUACCCCUGGCCUACAUAUUGCCCGGCCUGGCCUACAUUCAAAUGGAGCCGCAUGCCCUCUUUAGCCGCGAGAAGCUGCCAGCUCUGGGCCUGGUCGUGUUUGGCGCCUUGGUCACCAUACUGGGCGCGGCGGUGCUGCUGCCUGGCCUAAUGGGCGGCGAUUGUCGUUCAGAUAUCGUGAUGGGCUACUGCCGGCAGGAGUACCAGAAUACCACCUCGCAGGUGGCACCAAAUUGAACAAGCCGACAGCAGCAGCAGCUGGAGCUGGUGGAGCAGCGGUCGCAGCCAAGCCAAAAAGUCAUUAGUUAAGUCAUAAGCAUUGGCAAUACAUUUGCAUUGAUGUGGGUUAUUUCCGGUUUUGUGGAUUGCAGAUUUCCUUUGAUGUUCAAGUUCAUUUUCUUCCGUUUUGCCUUUGGCUAAGUUUUUUGUUUAAUUUUUCUUUUCUUUAGCUUUCUGUGACUCUUGCAAAGCUGAGUGUAUUUAUGGGCUAAGCAUAUGUUUGUUGAUGAUUUAUUUAUAUAUUUCAGAAAAAAGUCUGUAAAGUCUGCUUUGCUAUAUGUCUGCUGAGUUCUUUUAUGAAAAGUCUGGACUUAAGUUCUAAUGAUAUUGAAAGAAGAUAUUUGG